GAAACUACAUCACAACAGGGACCCGAGUAGAGGGAACCAAAUGUAUUUAUGACUUCUACAGCAACAGUAGCCACCACAGUGGGAAGUUCUUCUCGCCCUACUACCCACAGAACUAUAAGCCAAAUUCUGCAUGUCGAUAUCGAUUUUUUGCCCGACCAGGAGAGCGGGUCCGAAUAUUAUUCACAAAUAUACAACUUCACCAUAUAGACGCAAG